UUCCAAUCCAAAAGCACAAUUUCCAAGAGAACAAAAGCAAAGCACCCCCACACACACAAACAUCCCCGCGGGAGCGAAGACUCAAAAAGUAUCAUUGCCGACCAACCGCGCCGACGCCGCCGAAAUUCCAACCCAAAACCCUAAUCGAUUGUGUGAGUCUCUGAUGGCGAGCAACGAAGAGAAGCGAAUCGAUGAAGUCUUGUCCCUUCCAAUUCUUCUCUCUGACCAAAUCCAAGCUUCAGCCAUGGAGGCCGGGUUGUUCCAAUCCGAUUGCAUCGAACUAGGCAAGCAAGUCGACCGUAUCUCCCACAUGCUCCGCUCCACCGUCCGCUUCUCCUCCUCCUCCUCCCUCUACGACCGUCCCAUCCGCCGCAUCGUCUCCGACGUCUCCAAAACCCUCACCCGAACUCUAACCCUCCUCCGCAAGUGCAAGCGCCGGAGCAUCUUCCGCAGAGUCGUCACAAUCGUUUCCCAAGCCGAUUUUCGCAAACUUCAGAACCUUCUCGACGCUUCCAUCGGCGAUUUGAAGUGGCUCUUGAGCGUCUUCGACUUCGAUUCCUCUGCUAAUGGAGGUAUUGCUCCUUCUCUACCCCCAAUUGCGAGUAACGAUCCUAUUCUGAGUUGGGUUUGGUCUUUUAUUGCUUCAAUUCAAAUGGGUCAGUUGAGUAUUCGAAUUGAAGCUGCAAAUCAACUCGCUUCUGUUGCUCAAGAUAAUGAUCGUAACAAGAAGAUUAUAGCAGAGGAAGGUGGGGUUCCACCAUUGUUGAAGCUCUUGAAAGAGAGCUCGUCUCCGGACGCUCAAAUUGCGGCUGCGACUGUGCUUUUUCACUUGGCUAAUGAUCAAGAAAGGGUUCAUUUAAUUGCCGAUGAACUCGGUGUUCCGAUUAUAGUUCAGGUUUUGGGUGAUUCCCCCAUGAGGGUUCAAAUUUGCGUAGCGAAUUUAGUGGCAGCAAUGGUAGCGCAUGACUUUGUUGUGCAAGACGAAUUUGCUAGAGAGAAUGUAAUUAGACCACUUGUGACAUUGUUGUCUUUCGAGACUUUUGUGGAUGACCCAAAGAUUCAAUUGGCUAAACAGAGCAUUCACUCUGUUUUUCAAAUUAAUAAGGAAAUGGUGAAGAAUUUGAAUAAUCAUAGACGGGAUUUGAGUUCGUCGUUGUCGUUUUAUUCAGAUGGUAGUAAUCGAGGUGGGAACAAUAGGAAAGAGAGAGAGAAUGAGAAGCCUGAAGUGAAGAACAAGUUGAAAAUUAGUUGUGCUGUGGCUUUGUCGAUGCUUGCUAGGGGUAGUGUGUGGAAUAGUAGGAAGAUAACGGAGACGAAAGGGCUGCUUUGUUUGGCUAAGCUUGUUGAGAAGGAACAAGGGGAGUUGCAAUUGAAUUGUUUGAUUGCGAUUAUGGAGAUAACAGCUUCGGCUGGGUCCAAUGCUGAUCUUAGGCGGGCAGCCUUUAAAACCAACUCUCCGGCUGCGAAAGCCGUUGUGGAUCAACUUUUGAGGGUGAUCAAUGACUUGGACAGUCCAUCACUCCAAAUUCCUGCUAUAAAAUCGAUUGGUUCACUGGCUCGUACCUUUCCAGCAAGAGAGACAAGGGUUAUUGGUCCUCUAGUUGAGCAGCUUAGCAAUAGGAACCAAGAUGUGGCAACUGAAGCUGCCAUUUCGCUUGGGAAGUUUGCUUGCCCAGAGAAUUUUCUUUGUAUGGAGCAUUCAAAGACAAUGAUCGAAUUCAAUUGUGUUCUACCUCUGAUGAGACUGUUGAGACGUGGUGAUCAGUUGCAGUUCCAUGGAUUGAAUCUCCUCUGCUACCUAGCAAUACAUGCUGGAAAUAGUGAGGCUUUGGAAAAAGCUCGGGUUUUGUCUGCUCUUGAAGGGGCAGACCGUAUAGUUUCUGCUCAACAUCCCGAGUUGAAAGAAUUGGUAUCAAACGCAAUUUAUCACCUCAAUCUGUAUCAUGCCGGUGCCCAUGCUCAUAAGCAGUCUUAUGCCCCCUAAGUAACAGUAUGGGCAUGGUUGAAGUCCGAUUGUUCCGUGGGAAAACCGUUGAUACAUUCUGUCCGAAAAGUAAAAAGAAGGUGAUAGGAAUAUACAUAAUUGUUCAAUGCGCAAAGGUACAAUUCAUCUAUUUAUAGAGUUGUGCGAAAAGAGUGGUAUACAUUAUUUUAAUUAAUACUACAUGUUCAUAGCUGUUAAUAUUGUAAUGGAUUUGUUCCUUUUUUGUGAACAAGAUACUACAUUUUUGUGACCUUUGUUCUUUCCUUCGCUGCUCCAUCCCUCCUCUUAUUUCAAAUUGAUUUGUCUUCA